ACUCCCCCAGCAGUCCCUGCGGCCGCCGGAGGGACGUCGGGCCGCGGCCAUGGCGUUCUGCGCGCCGUCGGCCUACCUGACCCACCAGCAGAAGGUGCUGCGGCUUUACAAGCGGGCGCUGCGGCACCUGGAGUCGUGGUGUAUCCACAGGGAAAAAUACCGGUACUUUGCUUGUUUGCUGAGAGCCCGGUUUGAAGAACAUCGGAAUGAAAAGGAUAUGAUGAGGGCCACACAGCUGCUGAGGGAGGCGGAAGAAGAAUUCUGGCAAAAUCAGCACCCACAGCCAUAUAUCUUCCCUGACUCCCCAGGGGGCACCUCCUACGAGAGAUAUGAGUGCUACAAGGUUCCAGAAUGGUGCUUAGAUUACUGGCAUCCUUCGGAGAAAGCAAUGUAUCCUGAUUACUUUGCCAAGAGAGAGAAAUGGAAUAAACUACGGAGGGAAAGCUGGGAUCGAGAGGUCAAGCAGCUGCAGGAGGAAACACCACCUGGUGGUCCUAAGACUGAAGCUUUGCCUCCGGCCAGAAAGGAAGGCGACUUGCCUCCACUGUGGUGGCACAUCGUGACCAGACCUCGGGACCGGCCCGUGUAGACACAUGCUCUUUCUGCUAGCAAGUGGCAACGGAAAGUAUGUUGGCACACAUACACUUGCCCUAAUAAAAAUGCUGAAUGUGGUC